AUGCUGGAAUUCAACCCAAGAGAUAUCUAUUGGCUCGAACACAGGUCCUUCUUAGAGGCAUCUGGGUACCGCUUGCGGCCCAAAUUCAACCCAGAGUAUAUCCUGAAUCCCAACCCUGCCGCUCGGCGUGAGGAUUGGGCAACACACACUCGACAUACUAUAAUGGAUGCUCAUCGCAUUUCGGAUGGGCAACCUGUCAUGCUGAAAGCAGUUUCAACCCGUAUUCACCCUCACGAAGUUGAGAUUGCCAGACUAUUUUCGUCACCUCCGCUUUCUGAAGACCCAAAAAAUCACUGCAUUCCCAUCUUUGACGUCCUCACAGACCCAGAUGAUACGGAUAAGCAAAUUAUCGUCAUGCCUCGACUUCUUCGUUUCGACAGACCGAUGUUUGAAACCGUCGGCGAGGUGGUGGACUGCUUCCGACAGAUUUUUGAAGGAAUUGAGUUCAUGCAUCAAAACUUCGUCGCUCAUCGUGAUUGCUGGGGACCCAAUCUUGCACAAGACCCGAGUUUACUCUUCCCAGAUGGAUUUCAUCCUAUAUACAUCUCUCAGGACCCGCAAAAUCAGCAUAAAGCACGCCAUAUCAGCCGUACAGAAUGCUGGCCACGUUUCUUUCUCCUCGACUUUGGUUUGUCUCGUCGCUAUGAUCCUGCAAAUGGACCACCCCUCGAACGCGUGAUUUAUGGUGGCGACAGGUCUCCACCGGAGCAGCACAAACGACCUGCCAUCUGCAAUCCCUUUCCGACAGAUAUAUACGUCCUCGGCAAUCUUCUCAAAAACGACUUUGUUUACUCAAGAAGAUUGGGCAAAAAGUCAGUUAUCUUGCCAUCACUUCGCUUCCUCGAGCCUCUUGUCGAAGCUAUGACGCGACCCGACCCUGCAACACGACCUACGAUUGGAGAAGUCAUUGACCAACUCGACGUCCUAUGCAAUGAUCUAAGUUCAUGGCAUCUGCGGCGUCCAGGUCGAAAAUAUGCCUUCAACCUGCGGCUGUUCUUCCAGCAAAUAAUGCGGACAUUGAAGCGGGUCCCACCACUUCCGCAAAAAGCAUCACAAGGUCAUCGGCCAGCUCUCAGCGAGUCAAUACGAAUGUUUUAUACGGAAAUGAGGCUACCAAUGACAACGGCGACGAUAGAUGAUUGUGAAUUGCACGAGAAGUAG